UUAAUAAUAAAAAGUGCCCAGGCACAUGAUCAAGCUGAUAAUGUAAAGCCAUUCAAACGCGAAUGGGUAUGGAGAAAUAUUAUCCUGAUGCUAAUCGUGCACUUAUCGGCCACUCAUGGCUUUUUCCUGGCUAUUUACACCGUUAGUUGGAAAACAUUUCUGUUCACAUACUUCUUAACAUUAUGUUGCUCGUUUGGCAUCCAGGUGGGCGCUCACAGGCUAUGGUGUCACCGGACCUUUAAGGCCAAACUGCCCCUACAGAUAAUGUUAAUGAUUUUAGAUACCCUGGCGCUCGAGAACGACAUCUACGAGUGGAGUCGCGACCAUCGCGUGCACCACAAGUACUCGGACACCGACGCCGACCCCCAUAACUCCAAAAAUGGUUUCUUUUUCUCACACAUCGGUUGGUUGUUAAGCCGAAAACACCCCGAAGUGAUGGCUAAGGGAAAGACUAUAAACAUGAGUGACUUGGAUAAGGAUCCGGUCAUUCAGUUUCAGCGAUCCUUUUACAUACCGUUGGUUAUUCUGAUAUGGGGUGUACUGCCCACCUAUUUACCACAUUAUCUAUGGGGAGAAACCAUAUGGAAUGCCUGGUUUAGCUGUGUUAUGUUUAGGUAUGCUGUCGUGCUAAAUAUAACCUGGUGCGUUAAUAGUGCAGCACAUUUGUGGGGCAUGAAGCCAUACGAUAAGAGUAUAGUACCGGUGGAGACAACUAUAAAGAAUUAUUUAUUUGGCGAGGGUUUCCAUAAUUAUCACCACACUUUCCCCUGGGACUACUCGGCCUCUGAGUUUGGUUGGGGCGAUGUCUUCAAUCCCGCGACGGCUUUCAUCGACUUCUUCGCGCAAAUCGGAUGGGCGUACGAUCUGAAGAAGGCGUCCAGAGAUGUGAUCGAAAGCCGUCAACAGAAAACUGGUGAACCGGUUAUGAACCGCAAGUCUGUGCUGAUGGAAAGGGUGACCGGGGUCAUUGUGUUCAUGUCACCAAUUUGGAUCAGGUUAAUCCUGAGUCAGAGUAUAUGGUACGCGCCGGUAGUUCUAGUCGCCAUCAAGUUAACCGGUUAUUAAUGAGCAUUUGUUAUGAGUUUGGUGAUUAUUUUGCUUCAAAUAUCAGUUCAUUU